CUGCAUUAUACUUGUUUGAUGAAAUGCCUAUACGACCUUGAAUUUCCUUUUGUUGGCAGUGACUAUUAUCAUUUUCGGGGUUUUCUUGCACAAGCUCGGCAACACCACUGUAGGAAAUCCGAUAUAAGUUGAUUCAAAAAGACAUGGAUUCGCUACUUGCAUCCUACCAUGAAUCUCCAAUAGCCCAACUACAAUUUUUCCGAUUCAAACCAUUAGACAGACCUGAAAUUUCGAGAAAUUCUUUGAGUAUCUUUAAAAUUGGAACCACGACUCGAUCUGGUCAGCGCCAUUACCAUAGGAAGCCACCCAAAAAUCUCAGAUUUCCACGGCGCCCAAAGCUUCCACCAGACCCCAUGGUCAAUAAAUCCAUAAAGAAGAGAACUUCUGGAGCAGACCCAUCAUCUGAUAAUGAUAAUGCCGCUGAAGAGUAUGAUACUGCUGCCACUGUUGAUGAUGAUCCUGUGUGGAGCUCAGACGAGAUUGAAGCAAUUUCAUCUCUUUUCCAAGGAAGAAUAGCUCAAAAACCCGGGAGUUUGAACAGGGAGAGGCCGCUCCCACUCUCACUUCCAUACAAACUCAGACCAUUGGGACUUCCUACAUCUAAGAAACAUGUGAGAAUGAUUACUCCACUCUCAUCUAGAUUGUCCUUGUCUAAGCAAGCAUACAAGAACCCUGAUUUCCUACUGGCUCUAGCUAGAGAAAUUAGGGGGCUUCCAUCAGAUAAAGAUGCAUCUGAAAUCCUCGAUAAGUGGGUUCAGUUCCUCCGAAAGGGAUCCCUGUCCUUAACAAUACGGGAAUUGGGUCAUAUGGGUCUUCCACAGAGAGCUCUGCAGACCUUCUGCUGGGCUCAGAAACAAUCUCAACUCUUCCCGGAUGACCGCAUUCUUGCUUCAACCAUUGAGAUCUUAGCAAGGGCCCAUGGACUGAAAAUGCCUUUCGACUUGGAGAAGUUUAUGAGUUCAGCCAGUCGGACUGUUAUUGAGGCAAUGGCAAGGGGCUUUAUACGAGGAGGGAGUUUGAAUCUAGCUAGGAAGCUGCUCUUAGUUGCCAAGGAUAAUAAAAGAACACUGGAUGCAAGCAUCCAUGCAAAGCUGAUACUAGAGCUUGGUAAGAACCCAGACAAAUACAAUCUUGUUUUGGCUCUACUAGAUGAGCUUGCAGAUAGAGAUGAUCUGCAACUGGAGCAGCAGGAUUGUACAGCAGUCAUGAAAGUCUGUAUUAGGCUCAAGAAAUUUGAUAUUGUUGAGAGUCUCUUUAACUGGUACAGGGAAUCUGGACGUGACCUGAGUGUGGUCAUGUACACUACUAUGAUCCAUAGCCGGUACUCUGAGAAGAAAUACAGGGAGGCACUCGCCCUGGUUUGGGAAAUGGAGGGAUCAAAUUGUCUCUUUGAUCUUCCAGCUUAUCAUGUUGUCAUAAAACUGUGUGUCUGUUUGAAUGACCUCUCAAGGGCUGUAAGAUAUUUCUCAAGACUCAAGGAUGCAGGUUUCAGUCCAACAUAUGAUAUAUACCGGAAUUUGAUCAAAAUAUAUGCCGUUUCAGGGAGGUUAGCCAAGUGUAAGGAGCUCUGCCAGGAUAUAGGGUUGGCAGGAUUCAAGUUGGAUAAGCAGAUGGAGUCUCUUUUCUUGGGUUUGGAAAGAAAAGUUGGUUCAGUUACAUAAGAAUUCCAGUUUGUCUGUUCAGGUGAUCAAACUUCUCUUUUCAUAUUGGUUUAUUUCUAUAAAUAGAGUAUUUCUUAUUGAGUAUGGAUUUCUAUACCAACUGAUGCCGCUUAGAAUUAUCAAAAUUAAGGCAGAACAAAUAACAAAAGGCACAGUAAUAGGGAUGGAGCUAAUACUCAUACAUUCCGAGUCCUGAAACAAAUGACUGCUUAAUUAAAUAAAGACAUGUACAUGUUUGUGUGAGUGUAAGAACCAUAGGAUCCUUCAAUUGACAGAGGCCUUGCUGAUUUAGUGGAUAAGGCCAUGAGUAAAAAUGAUUUGCACAUUGAAAGGUUCUCCCUAUCAGUUUCUGUUCCAUUGAUUUCCAUUGGAGUUCAUUUAUUGGUUUUUGUCACUUGAUAAAUUUAUAUUUAUUGGGUUGUGGUGUUAUACAUUCUGUUAGAAUUGAU